UACCUCCGAAGUCGAUAACGUUUUAUUAAACAGUUGCUUACUUUCCAUACAUUGAAUAUAGUGUUCAAUUUCUGGCUUAUGAUAGCUGAAAUAUCUAUGAAAGAUCAUGGGUUUGGAUAGUCAUUGUCUUGUGUGUUACUCUUCGAUAGUGACAGGAAUUGCGCUACUAUACAUAUUUUUCGAUGUAAAUUAUUUUCUGAGGUGCCUUUUUACCAUAGGCUGGGGAAGACUGUUCCAGAAAAAUAAAAAACCUGAUGAAACGACUGAAGUAUAUGGCAUCUGUACUUCUCAAGAUUUGGACAUCAUGUUCAAACACAUGAACAAUGCGAGAUAUGUUAGAGAGCUCGACUUCGCCAGGUUUCAUUUUUAUGAUAGGACUGGAUUGUACCAAGAGAUAAAAAAGAAUAAAGCCCAUGUUCUGCAAACUGCGUCCAAUGUUCGGUACAGGAGAACUAUUCCACUAUUCAACACUUAUAAAAUUACAACUAAGAUAGUAUCUUGGGACGAGAAAACCCUUUUCCUAGAACAGCAGUUCAUCACAACCCACGAUGGAUUCAUUCGAGCUGUCGUUCUCAGUAAACAGACCACUCUCAAUUUCAACGUAGCUGAAAUUAUGGCUAAGCUGACAGGAAAAGACGUUUCCUACAGACCUACCCCACCCGAAGAGCUACAAGACUGGUUAUCAUCUAUGGAGAAAAGCAGUAACCGAAUGAGGAAAAGAGAUUAAAUGAAUAUAAAUUUUAUAUUUGACUGAAAUGUUAUUCAGUGGUGUACAUCAUUUAUAAUAUUUUGAGAGUAUAUUAGGCGGUAACGGCCAUGAAAACUGUCAAUUGUCAAUUGUGUUGUUGUGUUGUUUGUUGUUUUCAAUAUUAAUAUUUUUCCACAAAUA